UUCGCCGUCGAACGGAGACACACAGCAACAUGAAGCUUCUGGUUGUUAUAGUAGCCACAUUGGCCGUGGUGGCCUUUGCCAGCGAGGAGAAAGGCACACCGAAGAAAGCGGCAGUCGAAGACAGUAAGAAACAGGACAAGCGUGGCAUCCAUGAUUUCGGACACUACGGCGGCGGCUAUGGAGGCGGCGAUGAGGGCCACAGCUUCGGCGGCCACGAGGAGAUCAGCCUCGGCGGUCACGAGGGCGGCGGCUACGGCGGUCACGAGGGCCUGAGCCUCGGCGGCCACGGCGGCGGCGACGGCGGCUACGGUGGCGGCAGCGAGUGGAAGCCCAUCUCCAGCGGCGGUGGUGACUCGUACGGACACGGACACCACGAGCACCACGAGCACGUCAAACAUGUCGAGGUCAUCAAGAAGAUCCCCGUCCCCUACACCGUUGAGAAGCAUGUGCCCUACACCGUCGAAAAGAAAGUGCCCUAUGAAGUCAAGGUGCCCUACCCUCAGCCCUACACUGUGGAGAAGAAGGUUCCCGUCACUGUCAAGGAGUACGUCAAGUACCCCGUCUACGUGCCCGAGCCCUACACCGUCGAGAAGAAGGUGCCUUAUGAAGUGAAGGUCCCAGUCGACAAGCCCUACGAAGUCAAGGUCAAAGUGCCCACUCCUUACACCGUCGAGAAGAAGGUACCCUAUGAAGUCAAGGUGCCCUACCCUCAGCCCUACACCGUCGAGAAGAAGGUCCCAGUCCCCGUCAAGUACGAAGUUAAAGUGCCCCAGCCCUACGAGGUCAUCAAGAAGGUGCCUUAUGAAGUGAAGGUCCCCGUCGACAAACCUUACCACGUGUACGUGCCCAAACCCUACCCAGUGCCCGUCGAGAAGCCCUACCCCGUGACUGUGCACAAGCCCGUGCCCUAUGAGGUCAAGGUCCCCGUUGACAAACCUUACAAGGUCGAGGUAGAGAAGCCUUACCCUGUGCACAUUAAAGUGCCAGUGCCCAAGCCCUAUGAUGUGUACAAGAAGGUGCCUUACACCGUCGAGAAGAAAGUGCCUUAUGAAGUGAAGGUCCCCAUCGACAAGCCUUACCCCGUGUACAAGGAAGUGCCGGUGCCCCUAGUCAAGGAGGUGCCGUACCCCGUCAAGGUGCACGUGCCCUACUACAUCAAGAAGGAGGAGGAGCACCACCACCACGGCUGGCACUGAGCUGUCUCAGUCGAGGUCUCACCCCAGUACCUUAUAGGUUAAGUUCAAAAUGUGAUCAAUUAGUAUUUUAGUGUAUAUAUAUUGCAAAAUUGUUUUCGGUACUGCUCACGUUUGAAGGUUGUGACGAAGGGUCCGCUGGCAAAGUAAGAUGGCUUUAUAGAAACCUCCGCAUAGCAUUGUCCACAAUGCGCGGUCAGACCAGUUGUGUAUAUAAUAGUGAUCUGUUAUUACUUGUUUAGCUUAUUAUGCUUUGUUAUAACUAUGUAACUUGUCAAAGUAUACGAAUACUUUGAGUUGAGGCUGAUUUUAAUAAAAUGUGUGAAAUGUU